AUGGGCUCCACCGCGACUUGGCGCCACCGGAGGCCUGGCUUACAGCUGCGCUGUGCUUCGGACCUCGAGGCGGAUCUCUCGCGAUGGCUCUUGCAGGGGGAGGUGAGCUCAGCAUCACCAGCGUCAUCAUCCAGAAGCUCGAAACCCAGGGCAGAGCGGCAGCCAGAAGUCUUGGAAGAAAUGCCGGCCUUGAACGACAGAGGAUACCAGGCUGUCCUGGCAGAAGGCAGCUUCAGGCAACUCCGUUGCUUCAUUGAGCGGCUGGUCACCAGCAUGGAUGGGCUGAUUCUAUCGAGAGAUCAGCUCGUGUCCUUUGUUGAAGACUGCUCGCAGAGAAGCGAGCACUUCGAGACGUUGAUGCAGCAGCUGCAGGAUCAACCAUGGGUGAUUUGGUAUGACGAGAGCUUCAGGCUGCAGAUGCAGAAGCUGAGGCGAUAUGCGCCUCGAAGGGGUCAGACUUGGCUGAGGGAAUGGCGCAAGAAACGGCCUCCUUCGACAGACGAGCUCCUGAAGUCCAUUGAGGCCUGGGAGGCCCGCAAAGAAAAGGCGGCGGAGCUUCGGGAUUCGGCGCCACUGACCGCGGCGGGCUACCGGCAGGCGAUGCGGGGGGAGGGCUUCUGCGCCUGGCUGUCGCGGCUCAUCGACAGCAUGGGCGGCAAGGUGCUGCGUUUGGUGCAGCUGAGGGCCUUCGCGCGCUGGCACCUCAAGGAGCUUGCGGGGCUCGAGGAGCUGCGCGGCCUGCUCCUGCGCCAGACCUGGAUCCUGUGGCCGGAGGACAGCGUGGAGCUUCAGCAGAGGAAGGCCCAGGUGGCCUGGCGGCGCCGGGUCCUGCGCCGCGCCUCGUCCUGGUCGGCGUCCUGGGCGCAGAGGGGCGCCACCAGCCCGGAGCUGAUCCGGAGGUUCCUGGCGGCCAAGUACGUGGACCAAGCGGAGCUGCUUCGGGUGCUGGCCUUCGCACGCCGGCGCCUGGUGCUUUCCGGGGAGGUCUUGGCGCUGGCGAUCCGCCGCCUGGGCCGCGUGCGGCUCUGGCAGCCCGCCCUGGCGCUCCUGGCGUCCGCCGGCGGUGGCGACAGUUCCGCCGGCGCCGGCGGCGCUGGGGGGGCGGAAGGCGCCGAAAAAUCGGAGAUGGCCUAUGUGGCUGCGGUGGACGCCUGCCGCAGCAGCGGCAGGUGGUGCCUGGCCAUCGACUGCCUGGUGCGCGCCAAGAGCGAGGGACUGGGAAGGGCGGUGAGCAACGCGGCGGGGGCCGCGCUGCUCCGGUGCCGAGGCGCCGACGCCUGGCCCUCGGUGCUCCAGCUGCUCGCUGGGCUCCUGUCCUCGCGCCUUGGCGCGGACCAGGUCAGCUUCGGCACGGCGCUGGCGGCCUGCGGCGCGUCGCGCCAGUGGCGCGCGGCGCUGCGGCUCGUGGGCCUCAUGCGGAAGGUGCGGCAACUCACGCCGGACUCGGAGUCUGCGCCGCUGUGCUCCGCAGCAGCGGCCUGCAACCGAGCAGGAGGCCUGGAGCUGGUCGCUGCAUUUGCUGGAGGUUGCACUUGGGGCCGGGCUUCGGCCCAGCCUUGCGCUGCGGAACUGCCAAAUCACGGCGCAGGGCCGUCGUGGGUGGGAGCCGGCGGUGCUGAUGCUGCAGCUGGCGCGCCUGCAGCCCGACCAGGUUUCCUUCACCAGCGCCUGCAGUGCCUGCGAGCACGCCGUGCCGGCUGCAGAGGAUGCGGCGUGGCGGCUGCUGCGGCAGCUCGCGCGGCAGCGGCUCCGCGCGGACGCACGGUUCUGUGGCACGCUGGCAAGGUCUUGCGCCUCGGCCCGAAGCUGGCAGAAGGCGGCGUGGCUGCUUCCAUGGGCUGA